ACGAUAGCGAGUAGGGGCACAAAGGUAGAGAGAGAGAGAGAGAUGGCCGGCUUAAGCGUUCUCCUCGUGGAAUCCCAAGAGUCUUCUUCCUUUCCUAAAUACAACCAUAGAAUCAGCCAAACUUCUCUCCCAAAGAAGCCCUCCUCUCUCUCCACCUCCGGUGGCUCAUUUCUGGAACGCUGUGGCCUCUGCCGGAGAAAGCUGCAGGAAGGGCGUGACAUCUACAUGUACAGGGGCGACCAGGGGUUCUGCAGCGAGGAGUGCCGGCGGCAGCGGAUUUUUAUGGACGAGGAGGGCGGGUGGAGGGAGGAGCAGUACGGCUCGCUGGUCAGGGAGGUGGUGGUGCCGGUGGAGCGCAGCCGACAGGAGAAGGUGGAGUACGGGGGGCAGGCGGAGGAGUUGGGUUCCACUUCCUGUAGGGUUAAAUAGUUGUUCUAAUAGUACGACAUGGAUGAGCGCGAAUG